GGAAAAUAGAAGUUCAAUGAAUGGGAGGAGUUGGUCUGGGUUUCCAUGGAGAUGCGUCUCUUAGUAGCAUGCCUCCAUUCACGACAGCAGCCAGCACCUGAUUUCAAGCUUCACCAUGGGAAGAAGCAAGUAGCUUGAAAAGUUUACCGUUUUAGAAAAUAUCUUUGACAGUCUAAUCACAUACUGGCUGUUGAAACGAUUUAGACACGCUAAACUUGCUUCUGCUCUUGACUAUGCGUUUUCUGUCCGGAUGUAGGCUACAGAAGAAAUCUUUUCUAAACACUGCAAGUUUUGUCGUAGCUUAGCUGUCGUUUGACGCGUUUGCAAGCCUUGUUUGGCACGGCAUUACUUUUUUUUUGCUCUAUCCAGCAACCAAGUGGAUAGCCUAUAGGCCUAUGGCUACUUUAAACAAACAUGAUAUUGGUCAAGGAAUAGGAGAUGGUGAGGUUCUCCCACCUAAAAACAAGUUUUCGCGAAAUAAGAAUGCAUCGAUGAAGCAAGCACCUCACUCAGAUAAUAACGAGAAAAUCACACCAGACAAAAACAAAUGCAAGAAGAAGAAAAAGAAAGAAAAAACGUCGGACAGUGACAAAAAGAAAGCAAACAAGUCCAAUCGUGGAACACAUAAAGAAGACGAUUCCAGCAGCCCUCCGAAUUCUGAAGAUACAGAUAAACAGCCACCUGAUGCCAAGUCCAGCUCCUCUCUGCCUAAAGGAGGCCAGACCAAAAGCAAGACCAGCAAGAGGAGCAAAAAGCUGAAAAAGUCUGUCUCGAACCAAGAGACAGCCCUUGCCCCUUCCGCUGAGAAGACCAAAGCAGAGGUCAGCACAGAGUCCCUUGAGAGCUUGAGGUGGGAAGGAGUCCUGGAUGACCCUCAGGCAGAGGCUGAGAGGCUGGAGGUGUAUAAAGCCAACCGUCGCAAGCGCUAUUUAGCAGCGCGGAAACUACAUCUUGGACAGACAGCUGUCACUCAAACCUCCCAAGUAAGGUGAACUGCAAAGAUCAGGGGUCUUGGCUACUUGACGUCUGUGAAUUUACCGGCUACCUCUCCCCCAUAACACAAUCUUAAGAACUGGAAAAAAAACUGCCACACUAUGCUUCUAAGAGUUUGUUAAUGUAUUGUUGGUUGUCUGGACAUUAUGAUAAUUAAAGGCAUACUCAGGGACUGUGAGUACCAAAAUGUUAUGAACAAAA